AUGCGAUAUGCAGCUCCACCGCUUGGGGAUCUUCGUUUUCGUGCUCCACAAGAUCCGUUAAAGGAGAACCAAACACAGGAUGCAACAAGCCAUGGACCAGUUUGUCUCUCCGUGCCGCAAAAGUACUCUGUACUGCAGACGACCUCCGAGGACUGCCUUUUCAUAGAUGUACAAGUACCCGCUUCUACAAAUAGUUCAUCGAAGCUGCCAGUGAUGAUUUGGUUUCAAGGAGGGGCUUAUAUUUUAAACCUCAACGCGGAUUACAAUGCCACGGGCCUGAUCCAGGCAAGCUCCGACAGUGUCAUCGUGGUAACCUUCAAUUAUCGAGUUGGCCUCUUUGGAUUCCUAGCCAGCCAAGACGUUAAUGACGAUGGAGACCUCAAUGCCGGGCUUUUCGAUCAGCGAAAAGCAAUUACUUGGGUCCAUAACCAUAUUUCGGCGUUUGGCGGCGAUCCCGAGAGAGUGACACUGUUCGGUACAUCAGCCGGCGCGGGAGCCGUUCUCCUGCAUACUCUAGCUUAUGGUGGAGAAAACACAAGCAAACCGCUCUUCUCAGCUGCUUUAUCCGCCGAUCCCUUCGUCCCCGAGAUCUUUCCAUACCAGCAGCUCGAAUUCCAGUACCGGGAAAUCCUUAAUGCAACCAAUUGCUCGAGCCUAGAAUGUCUGCGCCAUCUUCCGACAGAUAGCCUGCUAGCCGCCAAUAUCAAUCGCCCCUUUCCGGGACAGACUACCUCGCCCCUUUUUUACUUCAGCCCUUGCGUAGAUGGGAUUUUCUUCCCAGAUCUGCCGAGCAAGCUUCUUGCCGAGGGUCGUUUCCAGAGAGUGCCGCUCCUACAAGGCACCGUCACCGACGAAGGAUCCAUCUUCGCUGCAACCGCCAAUAAUACGGAUGUUGACCAAUUCGAUGCAUUCCUCGGCGCCCAGUUCCCAGACUUGGACACGGAUGGCAUAGACGCACAAUACUCGUACAUGCCUCUCAACACCACUUCGCAAGCCUAUUACAACCGAGCAUCAUUCGCCUACGGCGACGUCUCAUAUACUUGCUAUGGCCUCUCAUUCGCUGCCGCUUUUGCAGCCGCCAACCUCCCGGUCUAUUCAUGGCUGUACAAUGUGAUCGACCCCGUUAACACUGAGGUAGGGAUAGGCGUUUUCCACACGUGGGAGGUAGGAGCCGUGUGGGGCCCGGGAAAUGCAGUGAACAUCGCGGCUCCUGCAGGAGCGGAUAGCUAUACUAACAUCAACAAGGGCAUUGUGCCCCUCGUUCAAGCGUACUGGACUAGUUUUGCCAGAGCCCAUGAUCCGAAUGUUUGGAGGCUGGAGGGGAGUCCAGAAUGGAAGACGUGGGGUCCAGGACAGAGGCUCAAGAUCCAGACGAAUAGUACGACUAUGGAAAUGGUGGAUGGACAACAGAUUGAAAACUGUGAAUUCUGGGCUGCUAGGAACUCGCAGGUGUAUCACUAG